ACGUCUACACGUAGCGGUUGCGCGCACCUCACUCAGCCCCCCGCCCCGGCCCUUUCCCCCACCUCUCCCGUCCCCCUCAUCUCCCUUUCCCCCACCACCACCACCACCUCGCACACCGGAACCCAAACCGGAGAACCGAAACCAUGGCGUACUACGACCGGCGGGGGGAGUCGUCGUUCCUGGAGGCGUUCACGCUGUCGCCGCUGCCAUACCCGGUGAUCCUGAUCCUGCUCAUGGUGAUGCUGCUGCUGGGGGUGUCGUGGUUCUUCACGUACGAGGACUUCAUCGAGGAGGCCGCGGAGCAGUUCAGCUGGGUGCUGCUGGCCGUGCCCAUCGCGCUCGUGCUCCUCAUCCGCUGGAUCUCCUCCGUCGACACCUUCGAGGGCUACUUCGGCUUCUACCCCACCGAGUCCCGCUGGAGGGGCUACCAGGCCGGCCCCUCCGAGGGCAGCUCCCCCUGGGGCGUCGCCAUGGUCGUCCUCCUCCUCCUCGUCCUCGCCAGCUUCCACUCCACCUUCCAGGACAUGUGGAGGCCCUGAUACUAUACCGCUAAUAUGUGUCUACGUGUAAUUCCGUCGAUCUGAUAUGCGCCUAUGAUUAAUUAUCGCUUCCACGCCGUUGUUACGGCACCUGCGUCCUGCACGUAUGUAUGUAUACCUUUGCUCUUGUUUCUCCUGCUGUACAUAUAGCUGAUGAAGGAUUAUGUUAGGUAAGCAUUAUAGAGCUUGGGUGAUACUACUGUCUGUAGACUGUGUACUGGUUCUUGCUCUGGUUUUCUAUACUGAAUGAAUGGAUACCUGGUUUGGUUUUGUUGGGGAA